AUGUCACAACAAGAAACAAUGUCCCGCAAAGCCCUAACGGCCUUCUUCUCCCGCUCCCUCGCCUCCUUCCAGACCUCCAACGUCCCCCUCCGCAUCCUCUGCACCCUCCCCCACCGCAAUGACACCACCACCCACCCGGCGCCGCGGAGCCCCCCGCCGUCGCUGAAGCGCCUCGUCGUGCUCGACUCCUCCUUCAACCCCCCGACGCGCGCCCACCUGCGCAUGGCCGCCUCGGCCGUCCGCGCCGCCGCCGGCGAUGACGACGACGAGGGCGCGAGGCUGCUCCUCCUCCUGGCCGUCAACAACGCCGACAAGAAGCCGAAGCCGGUCGCGUUCCCGACGCGGCUGGGGCUGAUGUGCGCCUUUGCGGAGGACCUGUUGGAGGACGUCGGCGGGGCGGGGGUGGAGGUCGAUUUGGGGCUCACGACGAUGCCGUUUUUCCACGACAAGGCGAGGGCUGUCGCGGAGGCGGGGGUUUAUCCGAGGGAGGUGGAGCAGGUGUAUCUGGCGGGGUUCGAUACGCUGAUACGCAUCUUCAACCCGAAGUACUACGGCGAGGCGUCCGACGAAGGGGAGAGGCCGAUCCGGAGGGCGCUGGAUCCGUUUUUGGGGAGGUCGAGGUUGAGGGUCACGAUGAGGGUGGACGACGAGUGGGGUGGUGAGAAGGAGCAGGUCGGGUAUCUGGAGAAGUUGAGGGACGGCGGGUUGGAGGAGGUCGGGGGCCGGAGGGAGUGGGGGGAGAGGGUCGAGAUGGUUUCCGGGGAGGGGGAGGUCGUUGUGAGUAGUACCAAGGUCAGGGAGGCCGCGAGGACGGGGGACGGGGUGGUGUUGGAGGGGUUGCUUGGGAGGAGGGUGAGGGAAUGGGUUUUGGAGGAGGGGUUGUAUCGGGAGGAUGAGUGA